UUUUCGCAAAUGUUUCAAAAAAAUGGGGCAUAGAGGGUAAUUUCUCUAGCAAAAACCCAAAAAUUCUACGUUAAACCUCUUCUAUUCUUUUUUUCCUUUCUUCUUCAACACUCUGUCAGAGUGAAGCUUGUGAGCAGCCACCAUGACAAAGAAGAUUAAGCAUUACAGACCUCCUGGCAAGAAGAAGGAAGGCAACGCCGCCAGGUUCAUCACCAGGUCACAAGCCGUCAAGCAGCUGCAGUGCACUCUCUCACUCUUCAGGAGAUUAUGUAUUUUGAAAGGAAUUUUUCCUCGGGAGCCGAAGAAGAAAGUGAAAGGGAAUAAUCACACGUAUUACCAUGUCAAAGAUAUUGCUUAUCUUCUACAUGAGCCGUUGCUCGAGAAAUUUAGAGAAAUUAGGGCUUAUGAGAGGAAAGUUAAGAAAGCUUUGGCUAAGAAAGAUAUUGAUCGAGCUCGUCGUCUUCAAACUCGUCAGCCUACUCCUACUUUUGAUCGCGUCAUUCAACAAAGGUAUCCCAAGUUUGUUGAUGCACUUAGAGACUUGGAUGAUUGUCUUACAAUGGUGCACCUGUUUGCAGUGUUACCUGCUACAGAAAGAUUGAAAAUUGACGUGGAAUGUGUUCAUAACUGCCGGAGGUUGAGUCAUGAAUGGCAAGCUUAUGUAGUCCGCACUCAUAAGUUAAGAAAGGUUUUUGUUUCUGUAAAGGGCAUAUAUUAUCAGGCCGAGGUUGAGGGUCAAAAGAUUACAUGGUUGACCCCUCAUGCAUUGCAGCAAGUUUUGCCUGAUGAUGUCAAUUACAGUGUCUUGUUGACAUUUGUGGAGCUUUACCAGAAUCUUCUCGGCUUUGUCAAUUUUAGGCUUUACCAUUCUAUAAAUGUGGCAUAUCCUCCAAUUCUUGAUCCUAAAUUGGAAGCUUUAGCAGCAGGUCUUUAUGCACUCUCAAGAUAUAUUGAUGCUCACUCUAGCAUGUCUGUGGAGGAACCUAAAGUUCCCAGUUCAUCAGAGCAAGUUAAGGCUCAGGUAGAGGCAACAGAAAAUGAGGAGUCUGAAGUAAGACUUGCCCAACUUCAUCAUCAACUUCCGACCAAUGAACCUGGCGCUUUGAUGCACCUUGUUCGGGAUGCUGAGGCUGAAAAUGAAGAUGAUCAAGAAACAAGAGAUUGUAAGAAGCUGUUUAGAAAUAUGAAGCUCUUCCUGAGUCGUGAGGUUCCUCGCGAGUCCUUGCUUUUUGUUAUUCCUGCUUUUGGUGGUGUAAUUUCUUGGGAAGGAGAUGGGGCUCCAUUCAAGGAAGCAGACCAGAGCAUUACUCAUCAGAUUGUUGAUAGACCAACCCAAGGUCAUAAAUAUCUUUCAAGAGAAUAUGUUCAACCGCAGUGGAUAUAUGAUUGCGUAAAUGCUAGGAUCAUAUUGCCAACUGAGAAUUAUUUAGUGGGAAGAAUUCCCCCACCACACCUAUCACCUUUUGUUGAUAAUGAAGCAGAAGGCUAUGUCCCAGACUAUGCAGAGACCAUCAAACGUCUGCAGUCUGCGUCCAAAAAUGAAAUUCUUCCAAUUUCAGGUGCUGGGAAUGAUAUAGAUAACCCUCAGAUUUUGUUGGCUGAAGGUUACAUCAGUCGAGCAGAAGCUAUUGAAGCUGCCGAGAGGAAGCGGAAGUUGGAGGCUCAUCAAAAGCAGUAUCAUGAAGAGCUAAAGAAGGAACUUGAAGGUCAAUCUUAUUCAUCAGCAGCAAAGAAAAUUAAGCAGAGCUCAGUGGAGGAAAAAGAGCCUCUCGAUAAUAUACAGCAGAUUGCUGAUGACACGGAGAAUAUGCAAAAAACACUCAUGUCACGUAAAAAGAGGGGACUUUUGGAGGCUAUUCAGAAAAACCAUGAAAGGAAGGAUUCUCGCAAUAAGAAACUCAAGGAGAGGAAAAAGGCAAUUGAAGCUCAGAAAUCUGAGUAGAAAUGAUGAGUUUCACUCUGAUGUUUAUGUGUCAUUUAGUUGCUUUGAGUUUCACCAUUAAACUUCAAACUGUACCAUAUAUGAAUUUUGACCAUGCCUAUUUAAAUUGGCUUAAAUUUUGUUUGAA